AUGAAGGACGCAGUCGCUUGGUUAUCGCUGCUGGCGACAACUUUCGCUUUGGUGACAUCAAGUCAUAGUAGUUUAAUCAACAGAUCCCCCGCGCUGUCGGCAGAACAAGAGGAUGGAUUGACUGUCACAGUGGGAAUUGGCGUUACACUUUGGCUCGGUGAUGGCGAUUCUUGCGCCGCUGAAACUAUCACCGACGCUUCUACGCAGACUGGAAAUAGCUCUCCAGGCGCCACUGCAAUUACUAUCACCGAGGCUACUACCAAGACUAUUAGUGGUUGUCGAAAUGCCCCUGCCAUAAGUGCUUCCGCUGAUGUUGGCAUUGGACCGCUCAAUCUUGCUGCACAAGCCGCCAUAGCACUGCCCGCAAAUGAAGCUAUAAAAACACUCACGGAUUACACAACCGAGAUUUUUACCAUCACAUCGUGUACAUGCACAGAUGACUUGACUAGCACGCCAACUACCUCAAGCGUGCCUGUAACAACUACCUCGAGCGAAUCUGUGACGACUACCUGCAGCGAGUCUGUGACAACUACCUCGAGCGUGUCUGUCACAACCACUUCGAGCAAGCCUAUCACCACUACCUCGAGUGAGCCUAUCACUACUACCUCGAGUAAGCCUAUCACUACUACCUCGAGUGAGCCUAUCACUACUACCUCGAGUGAGCCUAUCACGACCACCUCGAGCGUGUCUGUCACUACCACCUCGAGUGAGCCUAUCACGACCACCUCGAGCGUGUCUGUCACUACCACCUCGAGUGAGCCUAUCACGACCACCUCGAGCGUGUCUGUCACAACCACUUCAAGCAAGCCCAUCACCACUACCUCGAGUGAGCCUAUCACGACCACCUCGAGCGUGUCUGUCACUACCACCUCGAGUGAGCCUAUUACGACCACUUCGAGCGUGUCUGUCACUACCACCUCGAGUGAGCCUAUCACGACCACUUCGAGCGUGUCUGUCACCAUCACCUCGAGUGUGUCUGUCACGACUACUUCGAGUGAGCCUAUUACGACCACUUCGAGCGUGUCUGUCACUACCACCUCGAGUGAGCCUAUCACGACCACUUCGAGCGUGUCUGUCACGACUACUUCGAGUGAGCCUAUUACGACCACUUCGAGCGUGUCUGUCACUACCACCUCGAGUGAGCCUAUUACGACCACUUCGAGCGUGUCUGUCACGACUACUUUAAGUGAGCCUAUCACCACUACCUCGAGCGAACCGGUGACAAGCACCUCAACGACAUGGACGACUAUCAUGACAACCAGGACCACUUCCAACUCUGUAAGUGUUACCACUAUUCCAGUAUCGACAACAUCGGUGACUACUUCCGGUGGGUCAACUAUCACUAUCCCAAAUACCACCAUCACUCUACCGGGAACAACACUUCCAGGGACAACUAUCACAACAACAAUCACCGAUCCUGCUACCACCGUCACUGUAUCGGGUGGUAGUAGCACUUUACCCGGCUCAACCCGUACCACAACUGUUACUAUCCCAGAUUCACAAACAACCCAAACAAUUCCAUCCGCUACUGCCACCGUUAGCAAGCCUCAAACCACAUCGACCCAGGGCUCUAGCAGUGCUACGACGGUAUCCGCCUCCGUAUGCUCCAGUCUUAUCAGCAACCCAUCCUACACACCUACCGCCCCGUUGCCAGAUGACUAUACCUGGGGCUGCGCACCUGGAUAUCUCUGCAAACCACGUCAUACGGGUAACCGCUCGGAAUGCAACAUUGAAGCAGGUCUUCCCGACCCUGGAUACAUCUGCGCCCCUUCAGACUGCAUUGUGGCCCCGCCUUUGGACGUCCAUCCAACUUGGCCGUACAAUGUCUCGAAUAUCUAUUACAACCUCAACCCGGAGGACUUCGGCCUCAAUUACUCUAUCUUUGAGUUCCCGGAAGACCAAGUUACAGCCAACAGUAAACGCGGCAUGUCCUCGUGGGAUUUCGCUAUCAACCAAAAGGUCAAAAGAAUCGACGUAACAAAACUUCCUCCGAUCUGUUAUAAUCAGUGCAGCGAUGCUGCGCAUGAGCCGCAAUUGAUUGGAAAGACCGAUGAGAUUUGCAAGAGUGAUUCAACAUUCAUGGAAAACUUGGGUGUUUGCAAAGAAUGCAUUACUAGCAACGCUGAUUCUGGCUCUGAUCAAUAUUCAUCAAGAAUGUUGCCGACAUUUGCACAGUGGCUGAAUUACUGCUCCGACAAGGUCACCUCCACGACAGCACAAAGUGCCACCAGCACCAAGAUGGAAACUACGGCGACAAGCACACAGACCACCACUACUACCAGCUCGGAGGCUUCGACAGCAGCCACAAUCACUAGUACUCGGCCUACCAGCACUGAAGCUAGCAGAACCGAUGCUACCACCACCGAUGCUACCACCACUGAGGCUAGCAGCAGCGAAUCUACUACCGCUGACGCCAGCAGCACUGAAGCUACCGGGACUGAAACAACGAGCGCCGAAGCUACGAGCACUGGAGAUGCGAUCACUGAGACAGCGAACACUCAGUCCAGUGAAGAAAGCACUGCUAUCACUGAGACCGAGGAAACAUCCAGCGCAGGCGCGACAACCCUACCAGUCACUCUCAUCACAACCACAGCUUCAGGCUCAAUUGUGACAACCUCAGUGUCUGCUUCACUUGUCACAACUUCUUUCUCUGGAUAUAUUGUCACGAUCUCAACAUCAGGCUCCUUCGUGACAAGCUCAGUACCUGGAUCGAUUGCGACAACAUCAGUAUCUGGCUCGCUCAUUACAACGUCACUGCCCGGUUCAAUCAAGACUAUGCCGAGCACUCAGGACACAGGGACUAGUGGUGAAACCACAUCUGACAAUGCUUCCAGUAGCUCAUCGGGUUCGGAUCGCGGAACUCAGACUGAUUCGGCAACUACCUCUACGUCUUCUCCGGCCUUCAAUGCGGCAGGAUCCUUAAAUAUCCCUCAUAUCGGCUCAAUUGGUCUGCUCUGGGCUAUUUUUGCACCACUCCUUUAG